UCUCCCAGGAAUAAGGCGGAAGUGUGCGGGACGCCGUGGGCCCGCGGUGGGAGAGGACAGGGUUGCGAUGAGUGGUCUGGGCCGACUCUUCGGGAGGGGGAAGAAGGAGAAGGAACCAACCCCUGAAGAGGCAAUACAGAAACUGAAGGAGACAGAGAAGAUACUGAUCAAGAAACAGGAGUUUCUGGAGCAGAAGAUUCAACAGGAGCUACAAACAGCCAAGAAGCAUGGGACCAAGAACAAGAGAGCUGCCCUACAGGCUUUGAGGAGGAAGAAGAGGUUGGAGAAGCAGCUGGCGCAAACCGAUGGGACAUUGUCUACCCUGGAGUUUCAGCGUGAGGCCAUUGAGAAUGCCACCACCAACGCAGAAGUGCUUCGCACCAUGGAGCUUGCUGCCCGUGGCAUGAAGAAAGCCUACCAGGACAUGGACAUCGACAAGGUGGAUGAACUGAUGGCUGACAUCACAGAACAGCAGGAGGUGGCCCAGCAUAUCUCGGAUGCCAUUUCUCGGCCUGUGGGCUUUGGAGAUGAUGUGGAUGAGGAUGAGCUGUUGGAGGAGCUAGAGGAGCUGGAGCAGGAAGAAUUGGCCCGGGAGUUGUUACAUGUGGGCGACAAGGAGGAAGAACCCCAAGUCCAUCUGCCCAAUGUACCCUCUGCACAUCUGCCUGCACUGCCAGCUUCUAAAGCGGAUGAAGAUGAAGAAGCACUAAAGCAGUUGGCUGACUGUGUAUCCUGAUGAGUCUGGGCAUAUCUUCCUGAUGCUGCCUUCGUUGGUCUCUUUUCCUUAAGUACCAAGCGCUAAGCUAAAGGAAUAUAGCCUUUUUGGGAGGCCCUGCUGAGAGUGGUGGUAUAGCCUUGCUUGAGAAAGGGUUUGUUACCCUCCCAUCUCUGGCUCAACUGUAAAGGACCUUGGUGCAGGAGGAGCCUCCGAGCUCCCUUCUUUCUGCUAGCAAUUACAGUGCUCUUGUCCUCAAUAAAAUUGAGCAGAUUGAA